CUCACACGAGUUUCCGGUGUGGAGGAAAAUAAAAUUUUUAGAUUUCGUCAUCCGAUUUGCAUGUGGAGAAGAUAAAAUGCCGACAAUAAGUGUGAACAAGGAAGAGUUGUUCAGAAAUCUGGGCCGAACAUACACAUUUGAAGAGUUUGAUGAGUUAGGUUUUGAGUUCGGGUUAGAAGCAGAAGAACCAGAGGAAGAAGAAAUUUUACAGAAUCCAGAUCUUGCUAAUGUCUGGAAAAUUGAAAUUCCUGCUAACAGAUAUGACUUGCUGUGUAUUGAAGGAAUGUCAAGAGCUUUGUUGGUCUUCCUGGAAAAGAAACAGUGUCCAAGAUAUAAAACUGUAAAACCACAAAAAUUACAGCAGAUGAAAAUUCUACCAGCUACCCAGCAAAUCAGACCAUUUGGAGUGGCAGCAGUUCUUAGGAACAUUAAGUUUACUCCAGACAGUUAUAAGAGUUUCAUUGAACUACAAGAUAAGUUACAUCACAAUCUGUGUAGGAGAAGGACAUUGGUUGCUAUAGGAACACAUGACCUCGACACAAUUCAAGGACCUUUUAUCUAUGAUGCCAAGCCACCAAAAGAUAUCAAAUUCAAACCCCUGAGUCAAGCCAAAGAAUUCACUGCUCCAGAAAUGAUGGAAAUGUAUUCUUUAGAUAGUCACUUGAAGCCAUAUCUACCUAUCAUUAGAGACAGCCCAGUCUACCCUGUGAUUUAUGACAGGAACAACGUUGUUUUGUCCAUGCCACCUAUUAUAAAUGGUGACCACAGUAAGAUUACACUGGACACCAGAAAUGUCUUCAUAGAAUCUACAGCAACUGAUUUAAACAAAGCUAAAAUUGUCUUAGAUACAAUCGUCACAAUGUUCAGUGAAUAUUGUGAUCAACCAUUCACAGUAGAACCAGUAGAGGUUACACAUUCUGAUGGCUCAGUACACCUGUACCCAGAAUUGCCCUACAGAUAUGAAGAGGUUGAUGUAGACGAUGUCAACAAAAAAGUAGGAAUAAGUAUUUCAGCAGAUACUAUGUCCAAUCUUCUGACUAAAAUGUGUCUGAAAUCUGAAGUAUUACCUGGAGGAUUAAAAAUUAAAGUAGAGAUCCCACCAACCAGACAUGAUGUGAUUCACCCAUGUGAUGUGGUAGAAGAUGUGGCCAUAGCUUAUGGGUACAACAAAAUUAUAAAGAAAAUACCAGCUACAAGUACUAUUGCAGAUCAGUUCCCUGUAAACAAACUGACAGAUCUGUUAAGACAGGAAGUGGCUUGUGCAGGAUUUACUGAAGUUUUAACUUUUGCCCUGUGUUCCAGAGAUGAUGUUGCACUUAAAAUGAGGAAGACCAUUAAAGAAGCAAAUGCAGUACACAUAGCUAACCCUAAAACACUUGAGUUUCAGAUCGGAAGAACUACCUUACUGCCAGGUGUACUGAAGACGAUAUGUAACAACAAGAAUAUGCCACUUCCGCUCAAACUCUUUGAGAUCUCUGAUGUAAUGUUCUGUGAUAAAACUAAAGAUGUUGGAGCAAGAAAUGAAAGACGCUUAUGUGCAGUAAACUACAACAAAUCUUCUGGGUUUGAAGUCAUGAAAGGUCUACUGGACCGAGUGAUGCAACUGUUAGAAGUUCCUAUUGUCCAAUCAGAACAUGGCUAUUAUAUUAAGUCAUGUAAAGAUGCCACAUACUUUGAAGGACGAUGUGCUGAGAUAAUAUAUAACAAUUCUGUGAUUGGUAAAAUUGGAGUUCUUCAUCCGGAAGUUCUGAAAGAAUUUGAGUUAACCAACCCUUGUUCUUGUAUGGAGUUUUCAAUAGAACCAUUCCUGUGAAACUUCAUGGACAACUGUUAAUUAAUUUAAUGAGAAUAUUUAUUUGUUUAAAUGUUAUUGGACAGUCAUUUAAAAAAAAUCAAUAUGACAUCCUAGAAACUGUCAUCAAAAUUAGUACACAUAGUAUCUUUUCUGUAGACGUUUAUUUAUUUUCAUUCAUGUUUACUUUUUAAUGACAAAUAUACAUAUGUUGCACUCAAAUAUUUAAAGCAGAUCUGUAUAAGUUUCAUACUAUAAAUCCAGAAACUAAUGUGAAAAAAGAUGUUGAAGUGAAUAUUAACAUAUAAGUUUGAUCGAAUCAUGAUUAUUGCUAGCAAUAUUUCAUAACAGCAAGCAUCAUACAUUAAGGUCAGCAGCUGAAGAAUCCAUAGACUGUAAAUUCAGAUAUUAUUGUGAGGUUUUUAUUAUUGCGAAAAAUGCGACAGUGUUGUGAACGCAAUAAUUUUAACUCGCAUUUUAAAAUAUUUUAUAUGAAUUAAACAGGAUUUUACUUAAAAUCUUAAAAAUUAAAAUCGUAUUUAAGUCUAAAAUGACAAAAUUGCAAUAAUAAAUGCACGCAAUAAUUUCUGAAUUUACAGUAGUCAAAACAUUGCAUUAAAAGCACAUUUUUAACUUACAUUCAUCAGAAAUCUUAAAUAUAAUAUUGCUUGUUUAGAAUGGACUCUAAAUUUGAAAUAUCUGACCAUAGGAAUGUGUGUUCCUUGGACAUAUUUAUUGUUAACUAUAUAAACAUCAAGAUUGUCAAGCAUUGGUACCAAACAUUUUCAAAUAAAUUUUUAUGUAUGCGUA